AUGGGUUUCGCCUCGAAAAUCGCCGCAUCUCAGAAUAACUCGCAGACUCAGCCUCCCAGUCAAGGUCUAGGUCAAGGUCAGCAGAAUAUGCCUAGCAACCAAGGCACUUACGGUGGUGCACCGCCAGCAGGAUACACUGGAGGGCCACCUGCAGCACUACGCCCUGGUGGAUACCCACCGCAACAGCAGCAGCAGCAGCAACCUCAGCAAGCACAGUAUCAGGCUUUCCCAGGAUCCCCACCUCCUAAUCAGGGAUCGGGUUACCCUCCGUACGGCGGCUCACCUGCUCAACAAUACCAGCCAUAUCAUACUCCGUCUCCGGCCGCAACAUCUUAUUCCAGAGCUCCUCCGCAGCAACCUUCACCCUACCCCGCAUCAGCCCAAGGCUAUGCACGUCCUCCGCCGCCGCCUCCUCAAGGUCAGCCCUAUGGAUCGGGAUCACCAUACCCUGGACAACAAUCGCCUUACCCUGGACAGCAACCUCCAUAUCCUGGACAACAACAACCUCCAUACCCAGGCGAGCCUUCACCUUAUCCUGGACAGCAGCCCGCCUAUAACCAGGGCCAAUACCCGCCGCCCCAAGGCUCUCCUUACCCACCCCAAGGCUCGCCAUACCCCGGUGCACAGGGCCGACCUGGUCCCCCACCUGGUCCUCCCAGUGGCCAGUAUGGUGCGCCCGGCGGUGGUGCUCCUCCCCAGGCUGCCCCGCCAACCCCGCAACAAGUCUCAGCAUAUCGCCAGCUAUUGAUUGCCACUAUCCAAGAGAAGAAUCUCCAGGCCUUCUAUCCGCCCGAGCGUCUAAACCAACUCGUCGAUUCUCUGGCCAACAAUGCACCGGGGAAGCUCCAAAGAUUGAUCCAGGAAUGGUCAGUCCCUAUGGAGGUAGCUACGGAUGUGAUGAAGCUCGCGCUCUUCGAUGUGAUUCUCUACGUGGAUGACAGUGGCUCUAUCGAAUUUGAAGAGAAGGGUCUGCGUAAGGAUCAGCUGCGCCAGAUUCUCGGCAUCGUGGCAACGGCCGCAUCAACCUUUGACGAGGAUGGAAUCUCUGUGCGAUUCAUGAACUCGCAAGAAAGCGGCGAUGGCAUUCGCAAUGCCGAGGAUGUCAACAGGCUCGUCUCCCGUGUCCGAUUCGCAGGAUUGACACCCCUUGGUACUAGCUUGAGGAGCAAGGUUCUCGACCCUAUGGUUGUCGGUCCUGCCCGGGCUGGUCGUUUGGAAAAGCCAGUGCUGGUGAUUACGAUCACUGAUGGUCAGCCUGCUGGUGAGCCUCACAGCUCCGUCAGCGAUGCUAUCCGCCACGCUAUCGCCGAGACAUCACGCACUCGCUAUGGUCGUGGUGCGGUGUCUUUCCAGUUCUCACAGGUUGGCAAUGACCAGCGCGCUCGAGAGUUCCUGGGUGACUUGGACGAAGAUCCUGAGAUUGGCAACUUUGUUGAUUGUACAUCAAAUUUCGAGGUUGAACAGGACGAGAUGUCUCGUGCCAACCCACCUGUCCAUUUGACUCGAGAACUUUGGUGUGCGAAGCUGAUGCUCGGUGCGAUCGACGCCUCGUAUGAUACAAAGGAUGAGAAGGCAUCCGGUCGCUCUAGUGGUGGUGAUGGACGUCCUCCUCCACCUGCUUCUUAUGGUGGCGGCGGUGGGUACAACCAAGGCCCUCCGCCAGGUGGACCACCUCCAGGAUAUGGUGCUCCGCCAGCAGGAUACCAAUCCGGACCACCACAAGGGUCAUACACUCCUCAGCCAGGCUACCAACAAGGGCCCCCUCCUCAGCAGCAGCAACAACAGCAACAACAGUAUGGAGGAGCAUCACGAGGAUCACCCUAUGGCCAGCCCCAGGGCUAUGGUUAUCCGGCCGGAGCGGGAGGGUAUCCGCCACCACCUCGUCGGUAUUAG